AUGGAUUUAAAUUUCCUUCUUAUUAAAGUUGAAUUACUUGAUUUUUUAUUAUAGCCCAACACCAUUGAUAUAAGUAAGUAAAAUUCUUAUUUAUAGAAAUCCCAGCAGUAAUCUUAAGAAGUAAAGUAUAUUGUAUAUUCCUUUUGAUUAAUGAUUCUUUUAAAUUUCUUGCUUUAUUGCUUAUUCUCAUUUUAACACCAAAUGAUACUUCUUAUAUAUUGUUAGUGUCAAAUACAAUUUACCAUCUGAGUAUGAUCUUAAUCAUUCUGACUUUAUUGGGACUAAUAUCCAGAGGUAAAAUUUAUUUAAUCAUAAUUAAAGUUGAUAUUGAGAAAAAUAGCAUUAAUUUAUUCAUUAAUCAUCAAAAACUUAUAGAUUCAUUAUUAAUGUUAAAAAUUGCAAAACUUAGAUUACCCAAACUCCUAUUAUGAUGAAUUAACUUGAAUGUCGAAAUCAAAUUUUUUAGCAAUUUAAUUAAUUUUAAAAACUUGAUAUUGAUUAGCUUUAUUCUUACAAUAAUUGGAUUAACUUAAUUUGAAAAGUAAGAGGGCAUUUAUUAUAAUGUAAUUAAUUAUGAUAACUUUAUUUUUUUUGAUUGCGCUAUAGCUUAACUAAUAAUGGUUUGUCUAAUACUUGUAAAAUACUUGAUCAUUCUUAAUUAAGUAUAAGUUUAUUUUACACCUUAAAAUUAAGCAUAGGUAAUGUAAGAUUAAGAAAUACUAAAUAUUGAACCACGAUAAGUGCACUUGCCAUAGGCAUAAACUUAAUUAAUUUAAGAUGUUAUUCCAAUAGUGAACAAUAUUAGAAAUAAGCCAAAGUUAUAACAAAUUUCAAAUAUAAAUAAUAAUUUUAUUUACUAAGUGGAACUUAAGGAAAAAGUAGACUGCGUUAUUUGCUUGGAAUAAUUAAUCUCAAACUAGGAGAAAAACCCUAUAAUAUAAUUAAAAUGCCAUUUCAACCAUAUUUUUCAUAAGAAANUUUAGUACUCAGAAGGAUAUACUAGAUACCUCAAAAUACCCAAAGAGAGUUAAGGAGAUAAUUUUAUAUACGAAGAUACAACUACUUUUUUCAUUUUGUACUCAGGUUAGUCUCAAUUUACUGUCAUCAAGUUAACUUAUAUGUAUUUUAUUAUUGCAAUGUUAAUAUUGGUACUAAAUUUUGUUGAUCUUUGGGCAAAACUAUAAGGGCCUAUGUUGAUCUCAGUAGGAAUUAUGUGUAUAUUUAUUAUUGCAACUAUUAUUUCAUAUGAAGGAAUAUAUUUUUAUUUUACAUUAUUGACAUCGAUUAUCUAUGGAUUUAAAUUUCCUUCUUAUUAGCCCAACACCAUUGAUAUAAGUAAGUAAAAUUCUUAUUUAUAGAAAUCCCAGCAGUAAUCUUAAGAAGUAAAGUAUAUUGUAUAUUCCUUUUGAUUAAUGAUUCUUUUAAAUUUCUUGCUUUAUUGCUUAUUCUCAUUUUAACACCAAAUGAUACUUCUUAUAUAUUGUUAGUGUCAAAUACAAUUUACCAUCUGAGUAUGAUCUUAAUCAUUCUGACUUUAUUGGGACUAAUAUCCAGAGGUAAAAUUUAUUUAAUCAUAAUUAAAGUUGAUAUUGAGAAAAAUAGCAUUAAUUUAUUCAUUAAUCAUCAAAAACUUAUAGAUUCAUUAUUAAUGUUAAAAAUUGCAAAACUUAGAUUACCCAAACUCCUAUUAUGAUGAAUUAACUUGAAUGUCGAAAUCAAAUUUUUUAGCAAUUUAAUUAAUUUUAAAAACUUGAUAUUGAUUAGCUUUAUUCUUACAAUAAUUGGAUUAACUUAAUUUGAAAAGUAAGAGGGCAUUUAUUAUAAUGUAAUUAAUUAUGAUAACUUUAUUUUUUUUGAUUGCGCUAUAGCUUAACUAAUAAUGGUUUGUCUAAUACUUGUAAAAUACUUGAUCAUUCUUAAUUAAGUAUAAGUUUAUUUUACACCUUAAAAUUAAGCAUAGGUAAUGUAAGAUUAAGAAAUACUAAAUAUUGAACCACGAUAAGUGCACUUGCCAUAGGCAUAAACUUAAUUAAUUUAAGAUGUUAUUCCAAUAGUGAACAAUAUUAGAAAUAAGCCAAAGUUAUAACAAAUUUCAAAUAUAAAUAAUAAUUUUAUUUACUAAGUGGAACUUAAGGAAAAAGUAGACUGCGUUAUUUGCUUGGAAUAAUUAAUCUCAAACUAGGAGAAAAACCCUAUAAUAUAAUUAAAAUGCCAUUUCAACCAUAUUUUUCAUAAGAAAUGUAUCACAGAAUAGCUGAACUAAAUUAAAAAAUGUCCCAUUUGUAACACAGUAUUUAAAUGA